AUGGAACUUGGUGAGAGGGCUGUCAAGCGUGGCACUGAAGAUAUGAUGAAGGGAAGCCACCAAAAGGACAUAGAUGUCAACAAGAAGUGUCUGUGGACUUGGGCAGAGAGCAACCUUUACAAAGCAGAUAAUCUCAGCGACACUUUAAAGAAACUGAAGAUAACUGCUGCUGACAGGGCAGAGGGCAGUUUGGAAGGAUGCUUGGAUUGUCUGCUUCAAGCCUUGGCUCAAAACAACACAGAAACAAGUGAAAAAAUACAAGGAAGUGGAAUACUUCAGUUGUUUGCAAAUCUGCUGACACCACAGUCUUCCUGCACAGCCAAAGUAGCCAACAUCAUAGCAGAAGUAGCCAAAAAUGAAUUUAUGCGAAUGCCAUGUGUCGAUGCCGGAUUGGUUUCACCACUGGUACAGCUGUUACACAGCAAAGACCAGGAAGUGCUGCUGCAGACGGGCAGGGCCUUGGGAAACAUCUGCUACGACAGCCAUGAGGGCAGAAGUGCAGUUGACCAAGCAGGUGGUGCACAGAUUGUAAUUGACCAUUUAAGGUCGCUGUGCAGUAUAAGAGAUCCCGCCAAUGAGAAGCUCUUGACUGUCUUUUGUGGCAUGCUGAUGAACUAUAGCAAUGAGAAUGAUUCCCUUCAAGCUCAGCUUAUCAAUAUGGGCGUUAUCCCAACCUUAGUGAAAUUACUGGGCAUCCACUGCCAUAAUGCGGCUCUUACAGAAAUGUGUCUUGUUGCAUUUGGGAACUUAGCAGAACUCGAGUCGAGUAAAGAACAGUUUGCUAGUACAAACAUUGCUGAAGAGCUGGUAAAACUGUUCAAGAAACAAAUAGAACAUGAUAAACGAGAAAUGAUUUUUGAAGUUCUAGCUCCAUUGGCAGAAAAUGAUGCUAUUAAACUACAGCUGGUUGAAGCAGGUUUGGUGGAGUGUCUUCUGGAGGUUGUUCAGCAGAAGGUAGAUAGUGACAAAGAGGACGACAUUGCUGAGCUUAAAACGGCUUCAGAUCUAAUGGUUUUAUUACUUCUUGGAGAUGAAUCCAUGCAGAAACUUUUUGAAGGAGGAAAAGGCAAUGUGUUCCAAAGGGUGCUUUCUUGGAUUCCAUCAAAUAACCACCAGCUGCAGCUUGCUGGGGCACUAGCCAUUGCAAAUUUUGCCAGGAAUGAUGGAAACUGUAUUCAUAUGGUAGACAAUGGAAUUGUAGAAAAACUCAUGGACCUACUGGACAGACACGUAGAAGAUGGGAAUGUGACUGUGCAGCAUGCAGCACUAAGUGCCCUCAGGAACCUAGCCAUUCCAGUUAUAAAUAAAGCAAAGAUGUUAUCAGCUGAGGUCACAGGGACAGUUUUGAAAUUCCUUAAAUCUGAAAUGCCCCCAGUUCAGUUCAAACUCCUGGGAACGCUAAGAAUGUUAAUAGAUGCACAAGCAGAAGCUGCUGAACAACUGGGAAAGAAUGCUAAAUUGGUGGAGCGUUUGGUUGAGUGGUGUGAAGCCAAAGAUCACGCCGGUGUGAUGGGAGAGUCAAACAGACUGCUCUCUGCCCUCAUCCGACACAGUAAAUCAAAAGAUGUAAUUAAAACCAUUGUACAGAGUGGUGGCAUCAAGCAUCUAGUUACCAUGGCAACUAGUGAACAUGUAAUAAUGCAGAAUGAAGCUCUUGUUGCUUUGGCACUAAUAGCAGCUUUGGAAUUGGGUCCUGCUGAGAAAGAUCUUGAAAGUGCUCAGCUUGUACAGAUUUUACACCGACUGCUAGCAGAUGAGAGAAGUGCCCCAGAAAUCAAAUAUAAUUCCAUGGUACUGAUCUGUGCUCUCAUGGGAUCUGAACCUCUAUACAAGGAAGUGCAGGAUUUGGCCUUUCUAGAUGUCGUAUCCAAACUUCGAAGUCAUGAGAACAAGAGUGUUGCCCAGCAGGCCUCGCUUACGGAGCAGAGACUUACAGUGGAAAGCUGAGAACUGCCCCUCCUGGCACAAGGCAUCCCGGCGCCGAUUACCCUUCUGUUCUCCACCCAGCUGCUUCUUCAGCUCCAUUCUCUACUACAUCACUUGUGCAUGCGUGUAAUGUUCCAGUACCAACUGAAGAACUGCUUAUAGGUACCUGCCUAAUAAGAUUUCUAAACCCAUAGUUAAUGUGAACAUGACUGUCAAGACAAGUCUCCACCCAUAACUGUUACCCUGUAUUCCUGAUGCCUGAGCUACAUUAAGUAGAAUGUGCAUGUUGUAGACCUCUGAUGAUGUAAACUUGGUACUACAUGCUGACUUGCUCUUCACAUGCAGUAAGCUACAUAAUAAUGUACUGGUAAAUUAGAAACAAAGAAUGCAGCAGGGUCUGUCUAGCUUAUUUAAAGAUGAAACGGAAUAGGCAAAGUAGCACCAUACUUUUUGAUGCUGGGGAAGCACACUGGUCAAAAACCUGUAUGGCUGCUCAUUCAUUAAUUAGUCUUCUGCUAAUGUCAGGCCUGUUGUGCCUAGAGUUGACUAGAUUCAAUACUCUUUCCCUACGGUUUUUCCUUUUUCUGCACUGUAUAGGCAGUUUGCCAGACAACAUGGCAAAAUGUCCUGAGGCUUCUGGUUCCAUCCUCAACUGACAGUGGUCCAAGGCCAAUGCUGAAACAUGGCUUUCAGUGUGAUGGGAACAUAGGAAGCAGUUAAAGAAACCCUGGCGUACUGAACCACUUUGAGUCCUGUGUGUAUUCUAGAUUCUAACCCAUGUGUAGCUCCACACAGAACUUCCAUCCGCUAACCAGCAUUGUCCAACACAUGUCUUUAAACCUCACUUGGCAUCUGUUUCAGUGACGGAAGGUUGAGUGUGGCCUGUUUGCUGGAGAACAAACUUUUCCCCCUUUUUUUUUCAUCAUUCAGGCUGAAAGCAAGGAGUUUCAUUCUUUCAUAUUCCUUUUCAGUGUUGUGCUAAUUUUAGAUAGACAUAAGAGGAAACCUGAAGCAGGUUUGUCUAUGCUAAAGAAAGGAAGGCCAGUUUUAAAAGCCAUAGUAGCCAGGCCAGUACAUUCUGCAGAUGGCCUCACAGCAGUCACUGUCAGUCCCUUACCUCCGCGUUCCCACUGAGAACCACAAUCAUCUCCCAGGCUGCAAGCCAGGACUCCAUGUGAAGAAUCUUCUUGGCUAACUGUAGUGUGCUCGUCACUGCCACUAACCACCACCAAGUGAGUUUUUAGAGCUUUGACACACGGUCUUUAUAAAUUAAUCAGGAUCCCUGUGACCCGCCCACCCUCUUGAACCCAAGUCUGGCCCCUGCUGAUCUAGAAGGGAGGUGGGGUUUGUUGUAGGGAUGGGGGGCAGCGAGAGGGGCCGCUGAAGAGGGGACCAGCUCCUUCCUCCCCAACAGGAGAUACAUGUAUCUCUGCAUUAUCUAAAUCGGACUUUUAAAUUCAAGAAAGAUUUACUUAAUGUAAGUAUAAACCCGACUGACAGUUCCCUCUGAUGUCCAAAUAAGGGGACUUUUGUGAGUGCUUGGGCUACACUUACUGUAGGAAUGGGCUCUUUAUUGUCUUUCUCCUGGGCUGGAUAAGUGGACUAAUGUUGCCUAAUAUUGUCCAUAUUAAUAACUUAAUAAAUAAAUAGCAUAUGAA